AAAUGAGUUAAGCUGAUGCCUCGUAUGUGAGCUGCUUCAGGGUCGUGCCGCUAAGACAAGAGACAAGUUUCUGACUCUCCAGAGAGGAAAAACUUUUGACAUAACUGACAAAAUGCUUCAAAGGAAACCAUCCAAUGUCUCUGAAAAACAAAGGAACAAACCCAAGCGCUCAACCAGUUUUGGGAUUUUUGACAGGCAGCAACCCGCGCAGGUCAAAGCAGAAGAUAAGAAAGAUAGUUUGCCUGUGGAAACUGAAUCACCUGAGGUGGACUCCAGUAAAUCGGGUGGUCUUGGAAAGAAGAUGAAGACCAUCUCGCUGACCAUGCGUAAGAAGAUGGGCAGGAAAUAUACAAAAGCCCUGUCGGAGGAAAUGGGGGAGGAGCCUGCGGCAGGUGAAGUGGGAAACGAAAGUGCUUUGGCCAAAGACUGCAGUCAAUCCGUAGAGAGUUUGUUCAGUUUGCACAGUGGACAGAGUUCAUCAAGUGGUGUAACCAGCAGCUCAGAUGGCUACAGUAACAGGGAUAGUCUACGUCUAGAUGAUGACGUGCCCUAUACAGGCCAGUUCUGUGGGAGAGCAAAGGUCCACACAGAUUUUGUCCCCAGUCCGUAUGACACAGAGUCUCUUAAACUCAAGGUGGGAGAUGUUAUUGAUAUUAUUAGUAAAUCUGCUAAUGGAAUAUGGACCGGAAUGUUAAACGCCAAAGUGGGAAACUUUAAGUUCAUUUACGUUGAUGUGCUGGUGGAGGAAAGUGUGCCAGAGCCGAGAAUUCGUCCUCACAGGAGGAGCAAAAGACCUCGACCCAAAACCCUGCAGGAACUUCUAGAGAGACUCAACCUGGAGGAGCACAUCUCAUCUUUGCUGUUGAACGGUUAUCAGACAGUGGAAGAUCUUCGACAUCUUAAGGAGCAACAUCUUAUUGAGCUGAACGUGACAGACCCUGAACAUAGAGAAAGACUGUUGGCAGCAGCAGAAAACCUGCAGGACACAGAAUAUAAUAAGCAGAGCCUUGGGCAAGCAGACGAACCCAAAUCUCCCUCUGAACAUAUGAAUGCGGAGUUGAAUGACUGUCCCAGAGACUCGGGCUGUUACACCGGAUCUGACUGUUCAGAAAACAUUAAAGAGGACACAGAAAACCAACUGGCCGCUCACAGCCCAUCUACAGCCGAAUCGUAACCUCAGCUGUUUUUUCCUCAUGUGUGGUGCAAGAACACACAAUGGCCACAUGUGAAGUUUUUGACUGUGUGGGUAACUUCAGACCUUUUGCAUUAAAUGGUGUGUGUUGGUCCAAUGUUGUUCUGGACUCGCACAUCAGGAAUGAUGUAGUUGGCUGCUUUAAAGGUGAUAUGUAAAUAAAACUGUAAAUAUUAUGAGAGAUGCACGCUUUGCUUCUGAGAACCAUUUAAAUGUUUCCUAUGUAAAUGUUAGACAACAAAAAAUACUACAAUAUUUUAUGCA